AUGUCUAUACCAUUUCCACUGUCUUGGGGAUCCCACGAGCCCAAAGUUGGCAAAGAGCUGUGUACAUGCAUAGCUCGUCUUACUGUUGUAAUUUUGUGGUAUAACUCCACCAUCUUUCUGUACAUCAGGUGCAUCUGUACAUCUGUAUCAUCAGACUUCUCUGAUUUGAACAAAAUUGUGAAUACCCUCAAUACUGUUGUAUUGAAUCUUUUCAUUUGCACUCUCAGGAACACAGAGAUGAAGAAAGCCUUGAGAAAAGCAUUAGGUGGACAUGACAAUGCCUUAAAACAAUUGUAG